CGCCAUAAUACGGAAAAGGAAGGAAAUCGGUAUUGCGCAUAAUCCCCACUUAGAUUCCAACCGCCCAUGUAUAGCAAAUCAAAUUAAGGAAAGAUGCAGAGGUUGUUUAAUGCUCCAACUAGCAAAGUCUGAGAAGCCGAAAUCUUUGCUUGAGAGCGGCGAAACCUUCAGCGAAGACGAAGAACGUCAUUUGUGAAGAUCAACGACCGGUGAAAUUCCAUUUGCGCAAAUGGCUUCAGUUCAAGAAGAACAUGCUUUGCGACAAGCUGCUUUGGCGUGUGAAGAAGGAAUUGGUCAAAACCAGCAAACACUUGUACAAAAGAGAAAGAAAGCAGCACCAUCUGGGAGUAGUAUGGCAAAGAAAAAGAAGGUGAUUAAUAAGGGGAAACAAGUACAAUUGAUGCCUGACAGUGAUGAAGACACGAUUACUCGGCUCAUGCAGUUGCAUUCUAAGCUUGACAAACAAAAGGAAUUGAGCAUGCAGCUACAGGAAAUUAGGAGCAAAACCAGACAUGAAUUCCAAGGUUCAUUUGUAGAAGACACUUUGGGUAUUGAAUUGUUGCAAAAAGAGGUUGAGAGAAUGUUGAAAAAGGAAAAGGCAAAAGGUUUUGCAACGGAGAAAACAAGGAGUGGCCCAGUUGAAGGAUCUAAGGGUGCUCGUGGAAGCAGAAGCGGUGUGCAAGAAAGUAGUGAAAGAAGGAGGAGUGGAAGGCUAAAUAAGGAAAGGGAAGUCUGUAAUGAAAAACAUAAGGAUGUGGUGGUGCCUGAUACCGAAGAGGGCAGUGAGGAAGACUUGAAUGAAAGGGAAGAAGCUGUCAGUGAUGAAGACUUCGUUAAUUUACCAAAAGAAGUGGUGAAAAACGAUAGAGCAUGUGAGGGCAGACAAAAAAGAAGGAGAGGAAGGCUGUUUUGAAUGAGCUGAAGGUGCAGUACCAUAGCCUAUACACAAGAUCAUCACCGAAUGUGGUGAUGAAUGCUUUGGCAAAGUUGACUAACAAACAGCGAGAACAAGUGCAUGAAGUGGGCUUUGGAUCGUUAUUAGAACUAGGAAUCCAAGAGUUGCCUUCUAAACAUGGUUAUUGGAUUGUGGACAACUUCGACCCAAUUAGUUGUUCACUGAAGAUAGGUAAAGGAAGGAAAGUUCACAUCACUGAAGAAGAUGUGGAGAUGGUUUUGGGAUUUCCACGUGGUCAAACAGCAGUGUUAAAGAAGGGGAAAGGGGAGAAAAGUGAAAUGGUGGAUGAGUGGAGGGCUUCUUUUGGCGGAAAAGAUAAGGUAACUCCAAUAGAGGUGGCACGUGAAAUGCUAAGAUGUGAGGAAGGAGGAGAUUGGUUUGUAAGGAACUUCAUAAUUCUUGUUAUAUCUACGUUGAUAGAGAAUACAAGAAACGGAUACAUCAACUGUUCCUUCAUAAACAAUUUGAAGGACACAAAAAAAUUAAAGAUUUAAAUUGGUG